AUGGAAGGAGAAGAUGAUUCACCUUCGCCGCUUACCCUACCCCCAAGAAUAUUCGCGGUUGGGAGUGAACCGGUUGGAGUUAGAGUCACUCCUUAUCACAAACCACAUGCAAUUCGGCAAAUUCUGAACGCUCUAAACCCCGAUGAAGUGGAUACUAUCAGAAGCUCACCCUUCGGAAAGCUCGUUGAAAUCGCGGACAAACCAUCUUUUUCUGGUCGAUUUGGUCGUUUCAUCAUCUCCCGGCAGCUUAAAGUCGACAAGAAACACGAAGCUUGGUUCAUUUUCUCCGGCAAACCUGUAAGAUUCUCACUCCGAGAAUUUGCCUACGUCACCGGGCUGAAUUGCGGCAAGCUUCCCAAACACCAAAAAAAAAAUUCAGAGAAAUUUCUUUCGGAAAAACCUUACUGGGGUGAGUUGUUCGGCACCAUGAAAGACGUCCCAGUGACCUCAGUGCUGAAAAUGCUCAAAAAAGGACGGUCACGGACAGAGACAUUCACAUCAAAUAUGCUCUACUGGCUCUUCUAUCUGCUGCUGUCUUUUGAUAUGCUCAUGACUAGUAUCAAAGAGAGGAAUGAGGUCUCUCUCUCCCAAAACACCAUUGCCUUGAAAGGAUUUGUGCUUUCACUGCAACUUGUAAUGGUUGAAGCCAUACCCGCUCUAACAGAGGUCGAUAACGACGGCUCUUCUUCUGGCUCUGAAGGCGACGGUGGUGAGGAUGAUGACAUAGCAGAUGAAGACAAAAACGUCCAAGUUCGGUUCGUUAUAGUGGAAGAGAAAGAACACUUUCAUGAUUCCCCUGAAUACUCAUGGUCAGACGAUGAAGAUGUUUCCGUCGUGGACAAUUUGUUGACUCUUGUUGACCAGAAGUAUCCUUUCAAGAAUUCUAGUUUCGUUGGAGGAGCCACAACACUCGACGUCAUUAAGAUGCGUGAGGAGGCAAAAUCAGAGGCCACUAACCGUAAGAAGGUGAAGCCGAAGCAGACAAAACACACAGCAACAUCAGAGGUCAUAGAUUUCGAAUCUGUAGCUGCUGUUGUGAAAGAAAAAAUGUCAGGCGAUUUCUCGAGGAUCGAGAGGCAAAUUACCACGCUUAGAGAGACAUUUAUCAUUUUCCAAAAAAACGUCCUAGACCAGUUUCAACUUUUGCUUCGCAAACUAGAGGAUUCUAAUAAGAGAUCUGAAGCGCCAUCAUCUCCGCAGCCUGGCACUUGUUCCAAUGGCAAUGCAGAUGUUCAGCACGCCGAGAUAAGCCGCCAACCUUGCCAUCCCGUGGGCACUAGCACUCCCUCCUUCGAAAAUGAUAUAAUAUCGGAGGCUAUAAGAUUCGCUGACCAGUCAACCAAUGUCUCAGUAGGUGUACCGAACGUGGGGGUACCUUCAGAAGCAGAGACUCCAUCUGCAGUUGACGAGGCGACCAUAUUCCCAAACCAAACAACAGAAGACAAGGUUGAUUCGCAGGUUUUGAAUGGAGAACCUGUCAAUCAGAAGAUGGUUCACACCGAGCCGGAGAUAUCACUUAUCAUGGACGCCGUCUUUGUAACUGAUGACAUUGCAGACCAUCUUCCACCAUCAAAGAACGCCACUACAGCUGCUGAUAAUGUUAGUUUCGAAACCUCGCCACUUUUUAACAUGAUAGGCUGUUUUCAAUAUGUGUUGUUUUUUUUUCUGCGAUGUAGGCACUAA